AUGCAUAUAAAUACAAAUGGGGAUAAGGAUAAAAUAUUAAAUCCUCACAGUAACCCAACCGAAAUGGUCGUCCUAAAAGUUGUUCUACCUUUGGUUACUGUCCUCGGAGCAUUCAAUCUAAUUUCUGGUACUUCUGUCAUUUGGUACCAUUACAUGACUGGUCAACCAUUAGACCAAGAUCAUGUAAUCUUACAUUACUUUGAAGUUGGAGAUGACGGGGGAAUUCGCAUGUUGGAAAAAACAUAUGACGGAUCGCAGUGUCUCACGGAUGCUAAUUAUUCGUUGAAAGUGGUAGAUAGAGAACCAAAUUUAACUAUGGAGAAAUCGAUGAAUAACUGUACAUUGUAUCGCAUCAUCAUACUCCAUGAUGAAAACAACACGGAACCUUAUGUAAUCCUCAAUGUGAAUCUCUCAAACACCUUCAAUCUAAAAUCAAACGAAUGUAUUUCCGCUUCCGGUUCCUAUCCCGUGGUGCUGACCCAGACUCGGAACCCAUCAGAGGAAAAUCAACGGAAAAUAUCGGAUGAUCUGAAAAAGCUUGGCAUAGACGGACUCCAACUUACAGACCAUUCAGUUUGUCCUGACCCAGUCUGAAUUGUGAAAAUCAAAAGAAACUGUCUGAAU